UAUCGGUUAUCGUUUUCCUUGGCCACUGUCCAAAGAAAACACGAAAAAUAAUAAUAAACAACAAAACCGUCGAAUUGCCCUGGCCUGGUCAUGGAUGCGGUCGAUUCGGGCACAGACAGCGAGAAUCUGCUGUCUGACACAGUUAUAGCCGGUCUCAGGAACCUGGGCUCCGUUCUUAGUCCAAGUUUGACGAAGACACUAAUAGCCAACUCGCUGAAAUUAACACUCCAUCCAGAUGCUAUUAUAGCUCCAGUGCCUGAGAUCUAUGCCACGAAUGCGGCAAGCGCAAAGCAAAGCGAGUACGGUGUGGUCACCCUCUACGCCGUGGCCACCAAGCACGGUUGGGACAGUCUCCACUUGCGACAGCAAUUGGAGUCCCUUAAUCUCCAUGCCACUGCCAUAGAAGAGUUGACGCGCGUGUAUGAAGACAAUCGAAAAGAUCUCGUUUUACGGCAAUUGCAAUUGGGUCACAAUUAUCCCCACAUCACCGACGUCCAGUGGCGCAUUGCCUGCGAUGUGAAAUCCUCCACUUCUGACAGCAGUACAGGAGUGCCUAAUUUCUAUAUAAAUCUUGGAAACUAUCGUCAAAGCAGCGGCGAACGGGAGACCAUUGUGGAGUUCAUGUGCAAUGCCGAAGAGUUGCAAUCCCUAAUUAAUCGCCUCAAGGAAAUCGAACGGCAUUGCCAUCAGGUGGCCAUUACGUAGACGGAUUAAACCAAGACCAGAUAAUUCAUUAGAUUGUAUGCUAUUUUAAUUAUUUUUAAUAAUAUAUAACAAAAAAAUGGAAACAAAGGGGGUGGAGGAAAUCAAUUUUCUAACAGUUAACACAG